AUUCAGUCACUCUAAAACCCCACUCUGUCUUCACUCUCUCUCUCUCUCUCUCUCACUCAAGAGUUCAGACUCUGAGAAAAGGAAGAGUCGUAGAAAUUACUUUCAGAAAACUUUUUGAAAGGAAAACUAAUAGUAAUUGAAAAGAAAGAAAGAAAGAAACAAUCAAUGACGCGGCUUUUCUUUAAUUUCUCUUUCAUUUCUAAUUCACCAUUUCUGUACCAGCAUUUGUUUUAAUCUUCCAUUUUCUCUUCUUCAGGGAGUUUGCAUUUGAAAUUGCAGUGAAGGUCUUGGACUGUCUUUAUAUUCCAAAGAAACUGGGGAGUGAAAUAGAUCCUUAGCUCUUCUUCUAUCCUUGGAAUAAACUUGGACUUCUUUGGAUCCUUACUAUGAGAUCUGACUGUUUCUGGCUAAAGGUUUUUUCGAAUUUAUCUGCUGCAUUGUUCGAGGAUUUUUAAUGGAAUUUGGUUUUUCGAAGUGCCUAGUUUCAUAGAACUUUCUAUAGGGUAGACAAUGUCAAUUGCCAGUGUAGCUUUAAGCCCAGUAAUUGAAGAGUCUCUGAGUUUCCCUGGAAAUUUUGUGCACCGAUAUGUUCAGACUUUGAGUGACUCGAUCUUAAUUUUUCUCUCUGUUGGAGGGUCUGUCAUUCCUAUGCGUGUAAUGGAGUCAGAUUCAAUUGCUUCUGUGAAGCUGAGGAUUCAGAAUUCAAAAGGCUUUUUUAUGAGGAAGCAGAAGCUAGUUUUUCAAGGGAGAGAACUGGCUCGGAAUAAUUCUCUUGUCCGGGACUAUGGUGUUGCUGAUGGGAAUGUAUUGCAUCUGGUGUUAAGGCUUUCAGAUCUCCAAGCAAUCACUGUUAGGACUGUAUGUGGUAAGGAGUUUGGGUUUCAUAUUGCGAGGGGUAGAAAUAUGGGUUAUGUGAAGCAGCAAAUUGCUAAGAAGGGAAAAGGAUUUCUUAAUCUCAAGGAUCAAGAACUGGUAUGCAACGGUGAGGAGCUUGAAGAUCAGAGACUAAUUACUGAUAUCUGCAAAAAUAAUGAUGCUGUGAUUCACUUGCUGGUUCGAAAGUCUGUUAAAUUAAGGGCUGUACCUAUUGAAAAAGAUAUUGAAGUUUCUAUUGAGGAACUGAACUUGAAUGAGGGGAAACCAGAUGCAGUGGGACAAUAUCAGGGUGUCACACUCUGUCAGGAACAUCGGGUCAUGGAGAGGAAGCUGUUGCAGAGAGAUUUCAUUUUGGAGCCGCUGGUUGUUAAUUCCAAGAUUGAAUUGCCAUUAGUUAUUAAGGAACUAAUUGACUUAACUUUUGAUGGAUUAGAGAGAGGCAAUAAGCCUAUUCGGUCAUCAGAGGGGUCAGGUGGAGCUUACUUCAUGCAAGAUUCAUCUGGUCAGAAGUAUAUCUCAGUUUUCAAGCCUAUUGAUGAAGAGCCAAUGGCUGUAAAUAACCCACAGGGCCUCCCCUUGUCACUAGAUGGCGAAGGGUUGAAGAAAGGCACACGUGUAGGACAAGGUGCACUGAGGGAAGUUGCAGCUUACUUGUUGGAUCAUCCGAUGGCUGGACCUCAUUCAUUUGAUAGCGGAGGAAAGGGGUUUGCUGGGGUUCCUCCUACAGUGAUGGUUAAAUGUUUGCAUAAAGGAUUUAAUUAUCCAGAAGGUUAUGAGUAUGAUUCCAAGAACAUUAAGAUUGGGUCACUGCAGAUGUUUGUUAACAAUGUUGGAAGUUGUGAAGAUAUGGGCCCUCGUGCGUUCCCAGUGGAUGAGGUGCACAAGAUCUCUGUGUUGGACAUAAGGUUGGCAAAUGCAGAUAGACAUGCUGGAAACAUACUGGUUACAAGAAAUUGCAAGGAAGGUCGGGUUUCUCUUGUUCCUAUUGAUCAUGGCUACUGCCUACCUGAGAGUUUUGAAGAUUGUACAUUUGAUUGGCUUUACUGGCCUCAAGCUCAUGAACCUUAUAGCCCUGGUGUCGUCAAUUAUAUUAAGUCACUGGAUGCUGAACAAGACAUUGAACUUUUGAAGUUUCAUGGUUGGGACAUGCCACCUAAGUGUGCCCGCACCCUUUGCAUUUCCACCAUGCUUCUAAAGAAAGGUGCAGAGAGAGGACUCACACCCUAUGUUAUUGGAAGAAUCAUGUGCAGGGAAACACUGAAAGAGGAGUCAGUAAUUGAGCAGAUUGUUAGAGAAGCUGAGGAAGCUGUGCUUCGUGGAAUGAGUGAUGAUGCAUUUUUUGAAGCUGUGGCAUCAAUCAUGGAUCAGCAUCUUGACGAACUGACCUCAUAAGCCCUGAGGUGACUGGUUAGGUAGCUUUGCACAUCUGCAUUUGCCACAUUGCAGAGUUAUCGCUGAAGGAUGAUGGUACUCCAUAUUUUUGUUAAAUGGUCUGCAUAAGUUCUGUGUAAUAUUGGGUUGUUGCUGGAACUUGUGUCUCCAUCAUCUGUUUCAUUUUGUUCAUACAUGUAACUUCCCUUUGCAGCCCAUCUUUGAACCAUAGUCUAUUACCUGGAAAUGCCUUAAGGCAAUGUAUCCAAGAAGAGAGUGUAUUCUGGAGAUUUUAGUUGUUUGGUUAUAGCUAUGUGAAUAAUAGUAAACACACUCUCUUAUUCUUUUCUUUUUUAUCUUUUCAUUUAUUCUCUUUA